CGCUGGAGGGCGGAGCGGGCGGCAGACCGGGAGCAGCAUGUGGACUCUCGGGCGCCGCGCAGUAGCCGGCCUCCUGGCGUCCCCCAGCCCGGCCCAGGCCCAGACCCUCACCCGGGUCCCGCGGCCGGCAGAGUUGGCCCCACUCUGCGGCCGCCGGGGCCUGCGCACCGUCAUCGAUGCGACCUGCACGCCCCGCCACGCAAGUUCGAACCUCCGUGGCCUCAACCAGAUUUGGAAUGUCAAAAAGCAGAGUGUCUAUUUGAUGAAUUUGAGGAAAUCCGGAACUUUGGGCCACCCAGGCUCUCUAGAUGAGACCACCUAUGAAAGACUAGCAGAGGAAACGCUGGACUCUUUAGCAGAGUUUUUUGAAGACCUUGCAGACAAGCCAUACACGUUUGAGGACUAUGAUGUCUCCUUUGGGAGUGGUGUCUUAACUGUUAAACUGGGUGGAGAUCUAGGAACCUACGUGAUCAACAAGCAGACGCCAAACAAGCAAAUCUGGCUAUCUUCUCCAUCCAGGUAUGUAGUGGACCUAAGCGUUAUGACUGGACUGGGAAAAACUGGGUGUACUCCCACGACGGCGUGUCCCUCCAUGAGCUGCUGGCCGCAGAGCUCACUAAAGCCUUAAAAACCAAACUGGACUUGUCUUCCUUGGCCUAUUCCGGAAAAGAUGCUUGAUGCCCAGCCCCGUUUUAAGGACAUUAAAAGCUAUCAGGCCAAGACCCCAGCUUCAUUAUGCAGCUGAGGUCUGUUUUUUGUUGUUGUUGUUGUUUAUUUUUUUUAUUCCUGCUUUUGAGGACAGUUGGGCUAUGUGUCACAGCUCUGUAGAAAGAAUGUGUUGCCUCCUACCUUGCCCCCAAGUUCUGAUUUUUAAUUUCUAUGGAAGAUUUUUUGGAUUGUCGGAUUUCCUCCCUCACAUGAUAUCCCUUAUCUUUUAUAAUGUCUUAUGCCUAUACCUGAAUAUAACAACCUUUAAAAAAGCAAAAUAAUAAGAAGGAAAAAUUCCAGGAGGAAAAAUGAAUUGUCUUCACUCUUCAUUCUUUGAAGGAUUUACUGCAAGAAGUACAUGAAGAGCAGCUGGUCAACCUGCUCACUGUUCUGUCUCCAAAUGAGACACAUUAAAGGGUAGCCUACAGAUGUUUUUCAGGCUUCUUUCAAAGUGUAAGCACUUCUGAGCUCUUUAGCAUUGAAGUGUCGAAAGCAACUCACACGGGAAGACCAUUUCUUAUUUGUGCUCUGUGACUGCCAAGGUGUGGCCUGCACUGGGUUGUCCAGGGAGACCUAGUGCUGUUUCUCCCACAUAUUCACAUAUGUGUCUGUGUGUAUAUAUAUUUUUUCAAUUUAAAGGUUAGUAUGGAAUCAGCUGCUACAAGAAUGCAAAAAAUCUUCCAAAGACAAGAAAAGAGGAAAAAAAGCCGUUUUCAUGAGCUGAGUGAUGUAGCGUAACAAACAAAAUCAUGGAGCUGAGGAGGUGCCUUGUAAACAUGAAGGGGCAGAUAAAGGAAGGAGAUACUCAUGUUGAUAAAGAGAGCCCUGGUCCUAGACAUAGUUCAGCCACAAAGUAGUUGUCCCUUUGUGGACAAGUUUCCCAAAUUCCCUGGACCUCUGCUUCCCCAUCUGUUAAAUGAGAGAAUAGAGUAUGGUUGAUUCCCAGCAUUCAGUGGUCCUGUCAAGCAGCCUAACAGACUAGUUCUAAUUCCCAUUGGGUAGAUGAGGGGAUGACAAAGAACCGUUUUUAAGCUAUAUAGGAAACAUUGUUAUUGGUGUUGCCCUAUCGUGAUUUCAGUUGAAUUCAUGUGAAAAUAAUAGCCAUCCUUGGCCUGGCGCGAUGGCUCACACCUGUAAUCCCAGCACUUUUGGAGGCCAAGGUGGGUGGAUCACCUGAGGUCAGGAGUUCAAGACCAGCCUGGCCAACAUGAUGAAACCCCAUCUCUACUAAAAAUACAAAAAAUUAGCCGGGCAUGAUGGCAGGUGCCUGUAAUCCCAACUACCCGGGAGGCUGAGGCGGAAGAAUCGCUUGAACCCAGAGGUGGAGGUUGCAGUGAGCCGAGAUCUUGCCAUUGCACUGUAGCCUGGGUGACUGAGCGAAACUCUGUCUCAAAAUAAUAAUAACAAUAAAAUAAUAAUAGCCAUCCUUUAUUGUACCCUUACUGGGUUAAUCGUAUUAUACCACAUUACCUCAUUUUAAUUUUUACUGACCUGCACUUUAUACAAAGCAACAAGCCUCCAGGACAUUAAAAUUCAUGCAAAGUUAUGCUCAUGUUAUAUUAUUUUCUUACUUAAAGAAGGAUUUAUUAGUGGCUGGGCAUGGUGGCGUGCACCUGUAAUCCCAGGUACUCAGGAGGCUGAGACGGGAGAAUUGCUUGACCCUGGGCGGAGGAGGUUACAGUGAGUCGAGAUUGUACCUGAGCGACAGAGCGAGACUCCGUCUCAAAAAAAAAAAAAAAAGGAGGGUUUAUUAAUGAGAAGUUUGUAUUAAUAUGUAGCAAAGGCUUUUCCAAUGGGUGAAUAAAAACACAUUCCAUUAAGUCAAACUGGGAGCAGUGGCAUAUACCUAUAGUCCCAGCUGCACAGGAGGCUGAGACAGGAGGAUUGCUUGAAGCCAGGAAUUGGAGAUCAGCCUGGGCAACAUAGCAAGAUCCUAUCUCUUAAAAAAAGAAAAAAAAAACCUAUUAAUAAUAAAACAGUAUAAACAAAAGCUAAAUAAGUAAAAUAUUUUUUCUGAAAUAAAAUUAUUUUUUGAGUCUGAUGGAAAUGUUUAAGUGCAGUAGGCCAGUGCCAGUGAGAAAAUAAAUAACAUCAUACAUGUUUGUA